AUGGGUGUUCAUUAUGUGGCAGUGCAUUCUCUAGAGGCAAUUGAACUUGAUUUCCCUUUACAGGAGGAAAUUAUAAGCUCAGCAUAUGCAACAGCUCAGUAUCUGAAGCAGCAGCGGUUCAGCAAGAAAGUGUACAUUUUAGGGGCUACAGGAAUUGCCUCGGAAUUAGAUAAAGUUGGUAUUGCACACACCGAUGUUGGGUCAGAGCACAUGAUUGGGGACCCGUUUGCAAUGGACAAGGUGAUCAAACUGGAGCCAGACAUUGGAGCCGUGGUUGUGGGCUUUGAUCCUUACCUGAGCUUCCCCAAAAUAGUGAGGGCUGUGUCUUACCUUCAGCAACCAGACUGCCUCUUUAUUGCUACAAAUACAGAUGAGUGUUUUCCCAGAGCAAACAGCAAACUAUUGAUUCCAAGUGCUGGAUGUAUGGUGAGUUGUGUUGAGACAGUUGUAGCCCGCCAACCUAUAGUCAUAGGCAAGCCAUCAAAGAACAUGUUUACAAUUUUAAGUGAGAAGCACCAACUUCAGGCAUCUCGGACACUCAUGAUUGGAGAUCGCUCUAACACAGAUAUUCUUUUUGGCAAGAAUAGCAACUUGCAGACAAUGCUGGUACUAACAGGUGUGACAACAAUGGAAGACUUGGAAGAAUAUGCUAGCAGCAUGGAUGAAGAAAAGCACAAGCUAUUGCCUGAUUUUUAUUUGCCUAGACUUGAUGAUAUUAUAAACUUGUUAAAAGAUUUUUGAGAUGAAUUGAAAUCAAAUUAAUAGUUGUAAAACUAGAAUGAUAUUUUUUUCACCAGGGAACAAUGGAAAUAUUUUUUUGAAAAUGUUAUGUGUUUAUUUAUUUAUUUUAUAAAACAGUUUGUGUACUUAUUAUUGCGUUUUACACUGUAUAUGCUUAGUUUUCAAAAGGAAGAUUUAAAAGUCAAAAUAUGUUCGUACAUUAGACCAAAGCUAGACUGAGCUUAGGGGUCCGAUGGAGAGUUCCUAGAAGGAACAUUAACACAUGUCAGUGUUUAUAAAACACAUGCACACAAGGCAUGAGCAGAUGCAAUGUACAAUGUACAGUGUAAAAUAAGGUACUGGGGUGCCAUAGAUCUGUUUAUGUAAGGUUUGGGUAAGAAUUGUUGCCAUAGUUUACAACCAGUCUAAAAGAAAAGAAAUCUUUUGCUUUUCAUGUAAACAUGUAGACAUGUUAUGCUAUUAGUGGACCUGAUUAAUUUUGCUUUUCCUUCCAGGCCUUCUUUUGGUUACUUAACUUCGAACAUUCUUUGCUUUAGUAUUAUUAUGGUAUUCCAUGUCAGAAUGAACAUUUCUUUCCUCUCCUUUCUAAUUUUGAAUUAUUUUUAAAAUCUGCUAAUUAUUUUGAUUCUCAGUACUGUACACACUCAAGUUUUCCCAAUCAAAGUUUCAUUAGUUAUUGGUUUUCUUCCUGAACUUAAUAUCAUUUACUGAAUUUUAUGCAAACAUUACUAUUUUAUCUUUAACAUUUUUUUUUUUUUCAAAAGCAAGGGAAUUAGAAGUGUGUUGUAUUAUUCUGCUAAGUUUUGUAAAAAAAUAAUUUGUUUCUAUAUACCAUAGUGGGUGGGUUUGAUCCACUUUGGACAUGUGCCUGUGUUAUAUUAUAUAACUAUGUAAAUUAAAAGGUUGUACAUAAUGAUUUGGUAAUUAUUGCAAUUUAAUUAUCUAACUCAUUGUGUGAUAUCCAUAUAAAUAUAGCAGUUAUAAUUU